GGGGCGGGUGGCGGCGGUGGCAGCCGGAGGUCUGGCUGCGCGCAGUAUAUGACAGUACGUCAGCAGCGGGAUGGCCGUAGCUGUGGCGGCGGCUGCAGAAGCCCUAGCAGCCGCGGCCGCAGUGGAGGCUAGAGCCCGAGCGGCGUCGGCGUCCGCACCCCUGGGAGUUUAAGAUGGCGGCAGGGGGGGCGGCGGGCCUGCGGGAGGAGCAGCGUUAUGGGCUGUCGUGCGGACGGCUGGGACAAGACAACAUCACCGUACUGCAUGUGAAGCUCACCGAGACGGCGAUCCGGGCGCUCGAGACCUACCAGAGCCACAAGAAUUUAAUUCCUUUUCGACCUUCAAUUCAGUUCCAAGGGCUCCAAGGGCUUGUCAAAAUCCCUAAAAAUGACCCCCCCAAUGAAGUGCAUACCUUUAACUUCUAUUUGUCAAAUGUGGGUAAGGACAACCCUCAGGGCAGUUUUGACUGCAUCCAGCAAACAUUUUCCAGCUCUGGAGCCUCCCAGCUCAAUUGCCUGGGAUUCAUACAAGAUAAAAUUACAGUGUGUGCAACGAAUGACUCGUAUCAGAUGACACGAGAAAGAAUGACCCAGGCAGAGGAGGAAUCCCGCAACCGAAGCACAAAAGUUAUCAAACCCGGUGGACCAUAUGUAGGGAAAAGAGUGCAAAUUCGGAAAGCGCCUCAAGCUGUUUCAGAUGCAGUGCCUGAGAGGAAACGGUCAACCCCCAUGAAUCCUGCAAAUACGAUUCGAAAGACUCACGGAGGCAGCAGUGUUUCUCAGCGUCCAUAUAGGGACAGGGUGAUUCACUUACUGGCACUGAAGGCUUACAAGAAACCGGAGCUCCUGGCUCGACUGCAGAAAGAUGGUGUCAAUCAGAAAGACAAGAACUCCCUUGGAGCAAUUCUGCAACAGGUAGCCAAUCUGAAUCCUAAGGACCUCUCAUAUACCUUAAAGGAUUAUGUUUUUAAAGAACUUCAAAAAGACUGGCCUGGAUACAAUGAAAUCGACAGACGGUCAUUACAGUCAGUGCUCUCGAGAAAACUAAAUCCAUCUCAGAAUGCUGCCAGCACCAGCCAUUCAGAAUCUCCUGUAUGUUCUAGUAGAGAUGCUGCAUCUUCUCCUCAGAAACGGCUUUUAGAUUCAGAUUUCAUUGAUCCUUUAAUGAAUAAGAAAGCUCGAAUAUCUCACCUGACAAAUAGAGUGCCGCCAACAUUAAAUGGUCAUUUGAAUCCCACGAGUGAAAAAUCUGCUGCAGGCCUCCUGCCGCCUCCUGCAGCUGCUGCCAUCCCUACCCCUCCACCACUGCCUUCAACCCACCUGCCCGUUUCCAACCCUCCUCAGACUGUAAAUUCUAACUCCAAUUCCCCUAGCACUCCAGAAGGCCGGGGGACUCAAGACCUACCUGUUGACAGUUUUAGUCAAAACAGUAGUAUCUAUGAGGACCAGCAAGACAAAUAUACCUCUAGGACUUCUCUGGAAACCUUACCCCCUGGUUCAGUUCUACUAAAGUGUCCGAAGCCUAUGGAAGAAACCCAUUCAACGUCUCACAAAAAGUCCAAAAAGAAGUCUAAAAAACACAAGGAAAAGGACCAAAUUAAAAAGCAUGACAUUGAGAUGACUGAAGAAAAGGAAGAGGACCUUAAAAGAGAAGAAGAGGAAAUUGCCAAGCUGAACAACUCCAGUCCAGAUUCCAAUGAAGGAGUUAAAGAGGGCUGCACUGCCUCCACGGAGCCUUCUUCAACAAUUGAACUCCCAGAUUAUUUGAUAAAAUACAUUGCUAUCGUCUCCUAUGAGCAACGCCAGAAUUACAAGGAUGACUUCAAUGCUGAAUAUGAUGAAUACAGGGCCUUGCAUGCCAGGAUGGAGACCGUAGCUAGACGAUUUAUCAAACUUGAUGCACAACGAAAGCGGCUUUCUCCGGGCUCAAAAGAGUAUCAGAAUGUUCAUGAAGAAGUCUUACAAGAAUAUCAGAAGAUCAAGCAGUCCAGUCCCAAUUAUCAUGAAGAAAAAUACAGAUGCGAGUAUCUUCAUAACAAGCUGGCUCACAUCAAAAGACUAAUAGGUGAAUUUGACCAACAGCAAGCAGAGUCAUGGCACUAGAUCUCUGCUUGGACCAGAAGAUGUGAAUAAACUUAAGCUUAUUUAUUUAAAAUUCCAAAUGAGUUGCUCUAAGAUGCUAAAAAAAUGAAACUUUGCUUGUUGAAAGUUUCAGUAUUAGUAAACUUGAGUUAUUUACUUUUUUUUUUUUUUUUUUUCCAUUUUACUUUGCUUCCCUGCAUUUUUGAAGCUGCUUUUUCUGGUCCUUCUUCCCAUGCCUACCCCACCCCCAAGACUUAUGUUUGUCAAUAGAAAUAAUUUUUUUUUAGAUAUUGGAGAUCCAGUGUCUAUACUUCAAAUCAGCUCUUUUCCUUAAAAACUUAUGUUUGUCAUUAGAAAUGAUUUUUUUAAGAUAUUGGGGAUCCAAUGUCCAUACUUCAAAGUUAUGUGUGUUUAAAAAAAAAAAACAGUAAUGUGCAAGGUGAAAUGCUUUUGGAUAAACAUAAGCCUAUUUUCUGACCUUUCUUAACGCAAACUCUUUGCCUUAAAUGGUAGAAUAUUUAGAAAUUUGCACAAAAUACAAAAAAAAAAAAUUUAAAACAUUGUUUUGGAGGGUUAAGAAAUAGAAAGGUGUAUGUGUAUGUGUAUAAAUAUGCACACAUAUGUACAUACAGGCUGACUUGAUCUAGAACAGUAAAUCCGCCCUGCAAGUUAACCCCCCAUUGCAAUGGUUGCCUUAAGGUGUUUGCUAGUUGUGUACAUAGUGUGGUUAAUCAUUAGCUACACUACUUCCCACUUGGUUAGAGCAAUGGGAAGUAUACUGUGGCCUACCAGCGUCUGAAAGCGUGUGCUCGACCAGUAUGUGUGCAGAGGUGGUGUGGAUGUGAGCGUGCAUGGAGGAAAAAAGCUGCUACUCUCAGUAGGCCAAACGCUCAGGUUAAACAACAGACGAGUGUUACUGUAGGGUUUUUUGUUUUUGUUUUUUUUUUUCUGUCAAAUUGCUACUUCUAUCGUGGAAGACAAAAGCAUUUCCAUUUCAACAGUUUGUCAGCUUUAUUAAUGUUGGGCAAAAUCAAUAUGUUAUGAAAAUGAAACAGAUCUAUAGUUUUGGGGCAAAAUUAUAAAAUUAAACAUGUAGGUAACCUAUUUAUAUACUGCUAUAAAGUAUUUUUUGAAGAGAGAUAUGCAGAGAAGCUAUUACCUACAUGAAAUGUAUAUUUAAAGAUUUUUUUUUCAUCCUGGGAGCCAGGAAUAUAAAAAAGAGCAGAUAUAUUUAACCAUAACAUACUGUGAUUCAUCAAACAGCACAAACUUUCAUUUCAUGGAGUUUAUCUGUUGACGUUGAUUUAAACUAUCAUUUGUUUUAUCAUGUGGGAACAUAAGUUAUGUGGUCAAAAAUAUAAGGAUUUUGAACUAAUGUUGAUUCAAGUUGUGUUGUCUUAUCGUAUUGUCUUUUCAAAGUGCUGCCAGUUGAAAAGGGAAGCAUUAUGUUUACAAAUCUGUUUUGAAAUGUUUGCCAAAAUUUUGGUAGUAUCUUUAAUAAAGAUGUUUGUCUCCAGCAUCCAAAAAAUAAAUAAAUAAAUAAGUAACUUUGUUGUGUAUCGGUAUAAACCAGAAAAUGUUGGUAUCUAGAGAACCUGAGAGCAUGUAGAUGAACUUUUCUCUUUGAAUUCUUCUAAAACAUUAACUGGAAAAAGUAGAUAAUAUAGAAAUGUAUGCAGAAGUAAAACACGAUACAAAGACUGGUACAAGACCCUGUACACUAUAACUCUGUAACAUUACUACAGGAAUUUGAUUUUUCUGUAGCACAGACGUCCUAAAGAAUUGGUUUCUUUUAGCAUUGAGAUCCCUGGUGCUCUUCCUUUUACCUCAGAAUUGGUACAAUCAUUACUAAAUGUUCAUUGAUUUCAAACUUUGAGUUAAAAAAAGAUAGGAAAUGGGAAUAAAUGUGUUCCUUAUAUUAUGGUGGAGUCUCCUGAGGGAUUUGUCUAUAGGUAAUGACCUCACUGGUGUCAUUUCUUGGACAUCUUGGCCUUUUAAUCAAAGAUUGCUGCUAUUUGCUAUGAGCAGUGUUUUUCAAAAGCAAGGUACUUGGACAAACACUUGCAUCACCCAAAUUAGAAUCUCUGGGUAUAGGGCCCAGGUAUCCACAUUUUCCUAAAUAUGCUCCAGGUGACUUUUGCAAGUCAAAGUGUGAGGACCAUUGGUUUAGUAAUGGCACUAAACCUUUAGGUCUCUAAAUCUCAUGCCUAUCCAUGUCAGCAGGUACAAAUCACUCUUCCCUCUAUAUGAUAUGAGGCAUCCUCUCAAUUGCUUCACUGCCAACUCUUAUUUCAGAUCUUGUUUACGAACAAGCCUUCCCUGGUUGUUAGCCCUUGGAGCUCCCACCUACCCACAACAGCACAUCUUCUGGUUUACAAAUUGGGUGAUAAUGGAAGCUGGAGAUAGGUCAUGAAAAUCCAGCGUUGCACAUUCACAGACCUGACCACCUACCUAUAAAAGCCUUAAUUUAGAUAUUUGUUAUAUACAUUGGGCAGAUCCUUGCAAAAUGUGUGUUUGUCGGCGCAAAUUUGAGCUAUAAAUCUCUGAAUCUGCUAUUUUGAAGAUGGCCAUGAGCCUAGUAAAAUAUUUAUAGUCAUCCUUUAUCUCCUACUGCAAGAUUUUUAGAUUCCCUCAAAUAAUUGCUACAGGAAUGAGUGGCCACUUAGUACCAGUUACUCUAGUGGAAAGAUUUAUUUAGUUGUUUUGAGAGACACAGUAAGUAUAAAACAGCAUUAUCAAGAUGAGAGAAUGAGGGGUGUGUGUAUGUGUGUGUGCGCAUGUGUGUGCAUUUGUCACAUUUCAUCUAAAAUAAUUUGAAGCACUUUUGGAAAUUUUUACCAACACCAGAUUAACUCCAGAUUGAAUGAGCAGCUGACUGAGUACAAACCAAAAGCAACAUUCACUAGAUGUGGUUUUUUUAAGCAGGGAUUCUGUUUCCUAUCUUGUUAUUUAUUUCCCUUGGAAUACUUGGGGGUAACUUCCAACUCUUGAGUUUGAUGGUGGUUCAAUACUUGCUCUCACAAAAAUAAUUGGUGUGGUCAGUUUAUAUCAUUGCUCCAUGCACAGUGACUGUAAAAAUUCAGUAUUCAUUUCCUUUCAUCUCUGAUCUUUUAAACUUUAUAGUUUUCUUUUCCCUUAAAGCAUUUCACCUCAUGAUGUAAAACAAAUGUGAUACUUGCAUUUUGGAAGCAAGAUGCUGAAAUGGUUAGACACAAGUGGUCCAUCAGUUCCAACACUCUCCUUGGUUGCCUUACCCCUUCCACUAGUGCAUUCUCUGCUUCUGGAACUUGGCUGAAACUCUUUAGCCAGUUCACUGUAUUUCUGGCAGUGUGAGUGUUGAGUCAUGUAUGCGUGGUAUAUGCCCUUACUACUAUUGAAGUUCUUAUGGUUUAUUACUUGCCUAAGUGUUACUGAAUCCUUUUCUUAUGUGUACCGGAUGGGGGGGAAAUUCUAGCCAGCAUUUUGAGGAACCUUUUGUGAAAGAAUAUUAACUGACACUACUAAAUGAAGGCAACAGAAGAUGUUAUCAUUGUUCUUUGUAACCCAAAACUAAACAAGGAUGUGAGGCUCAUUUCUAAGUAUUUCUAUGUGUGUGUGUGUGUGUGUGUGUGUGUGUACACACACACACACACACGUAACACACUGUUUCUCAGUUGUUCCACCCAAACCAUGUUAGGACCCUCAAAGAUAAAAUGUCACAAGGACUUUUCAGCAGCUGUGGUGGUCCCUUUUGUUCUACACCAAUUUCAGUUCAAUAAAAAUGUUAACUUUGCAA